UAGGGUAGGUAUGAAAAGGAACUGAGAUUUUCCUCUCCAGGAUGCUUUGCGCAGUUUACGCAGACACAAAACAAGAUGGCUUCCAGAAAGAUUGAAACAAUCAUUCCCUCGUCAAACUCUCCGAUUCCGGAACCAAGAAGCGGCCAUAGAUGUGGAUCUGACGAUGGAAACAUCUAUGUGUUUGGUGGUUAUUCUCCGCAUUACGAAGAUUACCUUUUUCGCGAAUUGUGGCGUUUCAACAUAGGUACAAAGACGUGGCAGUUGUUGGAGACCACUGGUCCAUUUCCCAGUGAAGUCGCGUCUAGUUGUCUUGUACUAGACAAGGGCAAUCUGAUUGUUUUCGGUGGUUCUGGAGUGCCCUUUGGUAUGUGUAAUAGCAAAAAGCUUCACGUCUGUUCCCUGAGGAGACUGCAGUGGUUUGAUUUGUCGGAAAGAUACUCCAGCAAAGAGGAAAACGACGGAGAAGAUGUCUCGCCGAUCGCUGGUUAUGGUCAAAGUAUGGUUAUUUCCCGUGACAAAGAACUGUACGUCUUUGGUGGAACAACAGGACUGGAGUUUAACUCGUAUUUGUAUCGUUACAGUCUUUUUAAGCAGACCUGGGAUUAUUUAAAAGGAGAUAACCCUCCUGUACCGCGUUACAGACAUGAAUUGGUUUGCGACGAAGAUCCCUUAAAUGGUGAAAGGUUUUAUGUGAUCGGUGGAGGUAUGAGUAGCAGAGACCCCGAUGAGUUCUUUCAACUAGAGAAAAUUCAAUCUUUCAGUUUUGCCAGUGGACGGUGGAACGAGCAUGUAUGCCGUCCGUCUAAAGCUCAUGGUUUUCCAAAACGUCGAAGAUGCCAUGGGUGUGUAAUUUUUAAUUCGAUCGUGUACAUAUGUGGAGGUUAUGAUGGUGCUCAUAUGUUUGAUGAUAUAUGGAGCCUUGAUCUGGCGACCUUUCAGUGGGAAAAACUUCCAAAGAUUCUGCCAUAUCAUGUGUAUUUUCACUCAGCUACAGUGACUCCAUCAGGCUGCAUGUAUGUUUUUGGUGGUGUGAAGGCCAUCAAUUCCAAUGAAGACACAAGAUCUAAUGACAUCUUCAAGCUGUGGUUGACAUUGCCCUCACUUGCAGAGAGGUCUUGGGAAGUCAUAACUAGUUGUCUACAAGGAAAGAGAGCUUUUCUUCCAGAUCUGAAAAAACUUGGAAUUCCACAGCAUUUUUUGGAUAGACUGAAGUGAUGUACUAUUUUAUCAAGUUCACUUGCCCAGACUAAGGAGUGGCUUCACUAUCUUUCUAAGUGGGAGGCGCGGUGGCCUCAUGGUUAGUGUGCUUGUCUCCGGAGCGAACGGUC